AUGGUCAACACCCGGCUUUCGCGCGCCGAGAAACGAAAAGGAAAAGAUAAAGGACCUGCGACCCAGAUUGUCGACCUGUGUUUCAACCUCGGCGGUCGCGCUUUCCGGCAGCCUGAGGAGUUCAGCACUGAAAACCCCAUCUACAUCAACGCAAAAGGACCGUCAAGCACGAUCUACAAGACCGCAUUGUCGAGAGCGCGCAAACCUACACAAGCCAAAUCGCGGGUGACGAUAUCCUUAUUCGCAGAGGAAAAGCAGGAUGAGCCACCUACGGGUCUAUUCAAGUAUCUGUUGAUCGGAUGGGUCCCUAUGAGUAUACUGGAAGAGAACAAAAGCGAGACCGGUACCAAGCGAUCAUAUGGAACUAUGGUGGGCCUCGAGCGACCUAAAGACAACGACAUCAUCGAAUACGAUCACGACGACGUCGACAACUUCCCUAUGAUGGCUGUUGUGAAGCUCAACUCCGACGAGAAUCAACUAUCAACGCGUUGUUACGUGCUCAUGCACCAAGAAGAUGGAACAUGCACAUCAUACGCCGUUUCCGCUGAUGAUGUCUUCUACAUGAGCAUGUAUCGAGAUGAGACGAGCAGCAAGAAGGACCGCAAAGGGAACUGGAAUCGCCUAGUCAACAAGUUCGCACUCCAACAAACUCCAAUUACCGGAAACCCACCCGCACUUCGACGAGCACGCGACCGGUCAAAGUCGGUGCUGCCUCCCACUACGUCUCUCGAAAAUGAGAUCAACUCGCUUCUAGCAACAUACGAGCUGACCAAGAAGCCCUGGUGUCUCGACGAGUUCAAGGAAAUCCUCGAGGACCUGAAUCCAGAUCCCGUCAACGCGCCCCCAGAGAACACUGCUCUACACGGAUUCGCAAACCUCGAAGACGAUUCGGCCUUGUUCACGCAGGCCAAGGCGCAGAACGUCAUUGACGAAAUCAGGAUCGCGUGGCCAGACACUGAAGUGGAUCCCGUACAUCUCGCUAUGCUUGGCCGGGGAAUCCAAUGCGCGGACGACACAGCACCCGACUAUAUACAUCUGCAUGCGUAUAUUCGCUAUGGCACCAACCUCAUUCAGAAGUCUAUCGCCGCUGGCGAAGUCGAUGCCAAUAUCGCCUUGCAAGUUGAAGACGGGGAAGAUAGACAGACGCAAGAAAAGGUGUUGGCUUCCAUCGCUCAAACCACCCAUGACACGAUCAGGAAUGUCUUGGGGUCCGCGAAGCUUCAGAAAGCACCUCUUUCUGACGCACAUGCAUAUCGUAAGCUUCUCGUUGCGUUGAAGGCGAAGCUGGUAGAGAUAGUAGUGGCCGACAAGGAAUUUGCACGGAUGCUGAAGGAUUCGAUCGGUGACCAAGCAAUUGGAGCCAACUACCAGGACAUCUGGGCCAAAUGUUGCGAACAGUCGGACACGGAAGGGGCUAGAGCAGCAUUCAUGGAUAUUACAAAGCUCGUUAUUGGGGCGCUGAGGGCGCACGAGGGUUAUUUGGCCAAACGGGUCAAGGAUAUCGUUGAUAUCUUGGACAAAGCUGGCAUCUAGAGCAGCUGGGACGGAGUUCAUCAUCCGCGGGCAUGCGAUACAAUGGUCACUAUCGAUUCGUUCACAUCCGACGGUGGAGACGUGCCUAAAUGGAUUUGAAGGGUAGUAAGGGAACGGUGCAUUCGCACGGAACUGGGUGGAUGAUGGAUGAU